CUCAUUUCUGCCUCUCCGCCGCUCACACGCUCAUCGUAGCGCGCUCUCCUGCCGCUGCAGCUCUCUCUCUCUCCGCUUCACCCUGAUCAGACCCCCUCCUCCCCCACUCUCUCUCACACACACACACACACGUGCAUGCGCAGGCACACACACACAUGCGUACCUGAGUCGGCGGUGGGCUGCGCUGCUGGAGGGGCUUUUCGCCGCAACUUUUCUCAAGGUGCUCGCUUGUGGUUUUGGGGGGAGAGGCGAGUGUCCGGCGUAUCCUCUUUCCUUCUUCUCUUCCUCCUGGAAUGCUAAAACUGGGCUGAUGGACAUUUCCGAACUUUGCAUCCCUGAUCCUCUCAGCUAUCAUAACCAGCUGCUGAACAGGAUGGCCGCUGAGGAGCGGCACAUGACGUCCAGCUGUGGCUCCUACAUCAAGACAGAGCCCUCCAGUCCGUCCUCUCUGGUGGACACGGCCAGCCAUCCCAGUCCCGGCGCGCAUUCGGACGCCAGCGGCGGCUACGCCAGCGCCAUCAACAGCCACUCCAACGGCCUGGACUCUCCGCCCAUGUUCACGGCGGGCGGGCCGCUGAGCGCGGCGGGGAGCGCCUGCCGCAAACGCUACGAGGACUGCUCCAGCACGCUGCUGGACGACCCCUGGUCCAUCAAAUGCGAGUACAUGCUCAACUCCAUCCCCAAGCGCCUGUGCCUGGUGUGCGGAGACAUCGCGUCGGGGUAUCACUACGGCGUGGCGUCCUGUGAAGCCUGCAAGGCCUUUUUCAAGAGAACAAUACAAGGUAACAUCGAGUACAGCUGUCCGGCCACCAAUGAGUGCGAGAUCACCAAAAGAAGACGCAAGUCCUGUCAGGCGUGCCGCUUCAUGAAGUGUCUGAAAGUGGGCAUGCUGAAGGAAGGUGUUCGGCUAGAUCGCGUACGAGGAGGGCGACAGAAAUACAAGAGGAGAAUGGAUGCAGAAAACACAGCCUACCUGGGGCUCACACUGCCACCGCCAGCCAAAAAACCAUUGACGAAGAUCGUGUCCCAUCUGCUGGUAGCGGAGCCGGAGAAGAUCUACGCCAUGCCCGACCCCAGCAUGCCCGAGAGCGACAUCAAGGCCCUGACCACGCUCUGUGACCUGGCCGACCGCGAGCUGGUGGUCAUCAUCGGCUGGGCCAAACACAUCCCAGGUUUCUCCAGCCUGUCUCUUGGAGACCAGAUGAGUCUACUGCAGAGCGCAUGGAUGGAGAUCCUGAUCCUCAGCAUCGUGUUCCGCUCGCUGCCGUACGAGGAUGAGCUUGUGUACGCGGAGGACUACGUGAUGGACGAGGAGCACUCGCGGCUCACGGGCCUGCUGGACCUCUACGUGUCCAUCCUGCAGCUCGUGCGCAAGUACAAGAAACUCAAGGUGGAGAAAGAGGAGUUCGUCACGCUGAAGGCCAUCGCACUCGCCAACUCAGACUCUAUGCACAUAGAGGACGUGGAGUCCGUUCAGAAGCUCCAGGACGCCCUUCAUGAAGCCCUGCAGGACUAUGAGAGCUGUCAGCACACAGAAGACCCUCGGCGGGCGGGGAAGCUGCUCAUGACGCUGCCUCUGCUCCGGCAGACGGCCACCAAGGCCAUUCAGCACUUCUACAGCAUCAAGAUGCAGGGCAAGGUGCCCAUGCACAAACUCUUCCUGGAAAUGCUGGAGGCCAAGGUCUGAUUGGCCGGUCGUCACAUGACAUCAUCGAGGCCACGGCGAGCGGGGCGUGGCAGAGACAGUCUGACUGCGGAGGACAGACGGUCUUCCGACGGACACACAGGUUGCAGGACACUCGUCUCUCGUCUGCCCGAGGCUUGAGACGUUUUUAAAGACCUGAAAAAAAUAAAUAACUCGGUUUAAAGCGUAAAUAUAAAUGAAAAAAUAAUUUAAACAAAUUAUAACAAAUACUAUGUACUUGUACAGUAAUGCUUUUUGUUCAUGAUCUGUGGUUAUAAACGAUGGAAGAAUCUGUAAGUCAUUUCAGAGUGAAUAGUCUCACAUAGGUGGUCAUUUUCAUUCUGCUUUCGAGAAGCUGACCCUCGUACGCGUCGCGAACAACCUCAGUCCAACAUACGUCACGGCUCGGCCCCUCGGACGACACUAGGACACCUUGAGGACUUGUAAAUAUUCAUGGCGGCGAGCCGCAGGAUGUCUGGACGGCCCGGUUCUUCCCUAAAUGUGAACUUGCCGACGUCCUUGAAAAUACCUCCUGAAUCCUGGCCAUCCGCGACCGGGAGGACGACAUUUGUGACGUGUUUAUCCAAACGUCCGUAGCCAGGAUCUCAUUCAUCUUACUCUGUAGUAACUCAGCAAUAAAUUGAGCCGACGGGCGGGUGGCGUGUGUGAGAGAGAGGACGAGGAGCGCCCACCUCUUGUGUUGCACUGUACUGCUUUUUUAAACUACUUGUUAUUGUUGUCGUUGAUGUUUUGGCCUAAAUGUAGUCGGAGGGCCGAGCAAGGGAUGAUGGGUCAUUCAAAAGGGAGGGGACGAGGUUUCAACGGAUUUACGAUGCAUGGCAGAAGUCCAGGAGACUCAAACAAUCAGAUGCCCGUAUGUCAAACGGCCUAUUUUGGGCUUGUUAAGCCUCCGGCAGAGGAAACGAGGUGCCCAUCAUCUGCUCGGACUUUUAUAGCCAUGUAUCCGAAUGAAGGUGUGCGGCAGGUGCAGGUCUUUAUCACCAGCUUUAUUUUUAGCUCUUGGAAGACGACAGCAGAUUGAACAGGAGGGGUGUUUGACCUCAUGUUGACACAAUAGCAUCAUGUCAAAAAUGGCCUUCGAAGUCGCCGUCCCUAUAAACAGCUUAUUACCCCUAGAUCCACUCGACAGCUGUACGGCCAUUAGUCCGAGAUAUCAAUUAGGAAUAUCCCGCUUCCAACAACCAUGAGCUCUGAAAAACGGCAGCAAUGACAUUUCGCUCUCUGUCAGCAUUCACUACUGAUGUCAUUUACUUGAAGUGAACUGUGGCGCUGUCGUGAGUCGAUACUGUGAUCGAAGGACCUGAGGGGGAUUGUGUCCUGGGGUGCGUUUCCUAAAACAACCAUGGUCACAAGUUCCGUCAUUACCAACAUCCCAGCUAACAGGGAACGUUCUCAGAACGUUCUGAAAAGGUUCUCUCAAGGUUAUGAAGAAACGUUCUUCCUGUAACAUUAAUAGAACGUUCAUUCAAAGUUAUCUGGACUUGAAAAAUAUUCUCAAAACAUUUUUUUAUACAUUGUUCAAGGAACAUUUUUUCUGAAGCAUUUCAGUUGGACGCUUGUCUAACAUUUUUUUUAAAUGUUACUACUUGUUUCAGAAGUUUCAGAGAACAUUCAAAAGUAACGUUCUCAUAAUGUUUGAAAAUCUUAUCAAAUGGAAUGUUCCCUUAACGUUCUUAUAACCAAGAAAAAAACAUUUUUAAAACAUUUAAAAACUGGACGUUUUGAACAUUCAGAAAUAACAUAACUUAAAGCUGCUGUCUGUAACUUUUUUUGUUUAAAAAUGUCCAAAAUCAAUUUUUGAGCAAGUACAUAACCAGCCAGUGUUCUAAACUAUCUCCUUACCUUAGCCCAAUUCACAACGGUAAGCUUGUAAUAAUGUAAUCUAAUUCGGUGGUACUGGUGGGUUUCUGCGGGAAAUUCGAGCAUGCAGCUGUUUGUCUUUGCGUCAUUAUGUCUCGUCUGUUUACAUAAAGAAGAAGUCCCAGCUAGUAGCUAUAUCAUGUGAGGAUGCUGCUGGUGACGGAUCAUUUAUAGCCUUUUCUCACAGCAGCUGCGAUAAUUACACUUGUCAUUUUGAUGGUGGAUUGUAUGGUAUGACAAAUUAACAUUAGAGAUACAGAAACUGAAACUGAAAUCUAGAAAUAAUGAUAAUGCACACUAAAUACACAUAGUCACGCAAUGCUGAUGUUUUUAACAUUAACAAUAAUAAGAAUAAUUUCUUAUUACAGUAUCCACACCGAUGUGAUGACUGACAGCCAACAUUAGAUUCGUCCACGCUGAGGUGCCGUGCCGAUGCACAACUCACGUAAAGAUGAUAAUUCCGCAAAUAACUGCAAUUGCAGGUUUCAAACAGAGAUGGCGACAAAGAGGCAAAACUUACGGACUGCAGCUUUAAUGCGAAAGCUAUCAAAAUGUUCUUAGAAUAUAUUUUUUGUUAGCUGGGAUAGUUUAAUGAUUCAGUGCUUCCUGAAACCAUAGUUCUAACUAACAUUCACAAACAGCUUCACAACCUUCGACCUGCAGUUAGAAGCAUAGUUUCUUGUUAGUAUUAGGGCUGCGACAAUAAAUCGAUGCUUCUCGAUUCUGAGAUUUUCCGAAUACAUCGCGAUUCUCUCUUGAAUCGAUUCUGGGUUUAGUUUUUAACAGCAGAUGGCACUCUAGGCUAGUUUUUAACCACGUGCUCAAAUGCUCAUGAAGAAGAGCGCUCGUGCAUUCAGCUGAUUCUGAGAAAGUACUUGCACCUCAGAAUGUUUUUAUGACGCAAGAUUAAUGUAAACAGCCCACUGCAAACACCCUUGUAAUUCGCUUCAACCUUUUUAAACUUUAUGAAUGAUUCUUUUAUAGAAGGUUCAAGUGGUGUGUGUAUUGAGUUCAAGUACAGCUGUUUCUAAAGCAUGCGGUGCCAUCUGCUGAUAAAAACUAAUCUCAGACUCGAUUCGAGAUUCGAGAGAGAAUAGCGAUGCAUUCGGAAAAUCACAGAAUCAAUCCAGAAUCAUUUCUCGAUGCAUCGAUUUAUUUUCCCAGCCCUAGUUAGUAUGACCUUAUAUAGAUCAUGCUCUUGGGCACAAUAAGCAAGCUAAUGCAGUACAUUCUAUAUCUUCCAAUAUACAUUUCAAUAUAUUUUAGUGUGUCAAAAAUCAGUGCCGUUUUUGAACAAUUUUCUUGAGUGUAAAUGCGUUAGGGAAUCUGGAGUAUGACGUAAGAGAAAGCUGCUGAGUAAAGUGUACACGAUUACAUACUGCAUGUUAAUGUGAUUAAAAAAAAAUGAAUGGCUUUCUGUUGUUUGUGUAAAUGAACUGUGAUAAUCUGACUUCUGAUAAAGGUACGUCACAUUAGCGAAAUUUUGCAUGCAAAAAAGAUCCAUUGAUCCAGGUGUAUAAAGCACUUUCAAACCAAGCAGCUUUUUGCAAAUUCGCAUGACAAGUUUGAACAUGUGAGAAGUCUGCGUGGGGAACUUUAUUUCGCCUGUGAAAUUUCGCCGAGCAGCGGUAAACGUGAUCGUAUCUUAUUGGCGAUCUUGAAUCGAUUCAUUAGCAGAAGUUAUUACUCCACCACCCGUGUGUGACGUCAUUAACAACAGUCUGAUAUUGUUGGACCAAACGACAGAGGUGCGACCAUGUUACUAUGGUUUUGGGAAAGUUAGUUCAUUUCACCAACAAAUCAUCAUAGUAUGGUAGUUAAGCAGCGAGUACAGGACACGCACCCCAGGUCAAAUCUGUCUCUGCAUUGCUGAAAACUCUUCCCAGAAAACUUGAAGCCGCCACAGUCUCAACCUGACCAGACAGAUAGCAAGAGAAGAUAAUACAGGGAUUCAUUUUUUAUGCAGCGCAACUGUGUGGGUUCACAUUAGGGAUCAAUUCUGACCGAAUUCAUGCGCUCAUCUCAAUUUCAUAAUGCAGACGCUUCAAGCUACUGUACGCAAUUGUGAAAUCACACACCAUUUUGUCGCCGUAAUGCAACGCAAUAGUACAGCAAUGUUUUAUUAACACUUGUUAGUCCUACACUUGAGAUGGACAUACAAUAAUUAACAUAUAUGCAACAUUCACGUAGCUACCUCAUCAUUCACCCAUUCUGUAAAUAGUCCUUUAAUUCGUAGUGCCCUUUAUUCAUCACGUUGUCAGCUAGCAGUUCGGUUGUAAUGUCGACUGGUUUUUGAGGACUGUAACACAACAUCUGGUAUUGCUAGAUUAACUAAGUUAACUGUCUGUUUCAUAUACACCACACUAACCACCAAAGCACACAAAACACUCUUCCCGUCCUGUUUGGUGCACAGAUUUAGGUGCUUGUUUUCUACUUUUUUGACAAUGGGACAAUUGGUCACGUUCAUCAUCUACCCAGUUGACAUGAAUGUUGAUUUGUGCCUCUCCAGUCACUGUUUAGGAAGGACAAGAUGCAUUUCUAUUUAUUUAUUUGCUUAUAACUCAGCAUGUCAGGGUCAGAAUUGGUCCCUUAAUGUUCAAAACGUCAAAGUGACGAAGGCUUUUGUGUUUCUCCUCAAGAUAUUCAUUGUGUAUAUUAUAUCACUUUGGCCACGCUGUACAAUAAUAUUGUUCAUUUAACAAACACCUGUGUCACUUUCUUUUUUUAUGUCAGAAAUGAAAAAGUAACAAAGACGUACUCUCAAAGCUGU